GAAGCACGUGACGGAUAGUACGUCACCAGCUGCAGCAACAACAUGGCGGUGGCGCCCAAGGUUGUAUAUGAACAAGAUGGAGUCUUCAUUCAUUCAUGCUCUGAAAGAAUUGGUGAACAAGAUACACUUCCGGGAAUAUUGAGGGUGAUUGAUAAGGGUUCAGGGGCUGUAGUGGAUUGGACACCAGUGGAUGACUCUCUGGACUCUUCAAAUAUUUUUUGUGCGGGAAAGGAUUCCAGUUCAGUUGUUGAAUGGACUCAAUGUCCGAAAGAAAAAUCUUCCAGGAUUACAAUGCACCAAAACAGUUGUGAAGCUGAAUGGGACAUGGUUAACACAGUUACUUUCAGAAGGAAACCCUUUAUGAAUGGUGAUGAUGAAUCAACAUAUAAUAUGAGUAAGAGAAGUAAAUGGGCAUUCUCCUUCAGCCUGUCUGACCUGAAAUCCAUCAAGAACAACACAGAAGGCAUGGGCUGGUCAUACAUGGUGUUUUGUCUUUGGGACGAUACCUUUCUGCCAGCUCUUCAUUUCCAUGAUGGAGGCAACACAAUUCUACUCCAGUGCCUGAAGAGAUAUGUGCUUCUUAGUGAAUCAUCACAAGAUGGCCGAGUACUUCUUGUUGCAUACAAUAGUAAAGCACUUUCUCAGUCUUUUGAGAACUUGUUUGAGGAAAACGCAGUUGGCUUAGUGCAAAAGUUCAAGAAGGAUCCAUAUACAACAACAUUAGGAGGCUUUUCAAAAGUUACAAACUACAUUCUCGAUGCUUUUCGUGGUUAUGACGUCACAUCCCAAGAAAGACCUGCAUCUGAAAUGGAUCUCAAUGAAUCUAUUUCGGGCCUGGAAAUUAAUCAUCAGGAGGAGCCAGGUUUUGAAGUCAUCACACGAAUUGAUCUUGGAACAAGGCCUGAAAUUCAAAGAGGAGAGCCAGUUUCUACUGAGAGAUGGUCACAGAACAUGGAUGCAGAAGGAAAAGCCUUAGAUCCAGACAACCUGAAAAAGAUGAUAUUCAAAGGGGGUCUUUGUCAUGCAGUAAGAAAAGUGACUUGGAAAUUUCUUCUAAAUUACUUCCCUUGGGAUAGCACAAAAGAAGAUAGAAGACUAUUAACCAAAAGAAAAACAGAUGAGUACUUCAGGAUGAAACUUCAGUGGAAGUCAGUCAGCGAAGAACAAGAGAAAAGAAAUACAAGAUUGAAAGAUUACAAGAGUCUUAUAGAGAAAGACGUCAACAGAACAGAUAGAACAAAUCCUUUUUAUGAAGGGCACGAAAAUCCUGGAUUGAUUCUAUUGCAUGACAUAUUAAUGACCUACUGCAUGUAUGAUUUUGAUCUUGGGUAUGUCCAAGGAAUGAGUGAUUUGCUUUCUCCCAUUUUGUAUGUUAUGGAAAAUGAAGUAGAUGCCUUUUGGUGCUUUGUUGCCUUCAUAGAACAAAUGCAUUGUAACUUUGAGGAGCAAAUGCAAGGCAUGAAAACAGAAUUAUCCCAACUGAGUACGCUACUUAAAUUGCUAGACCUUGGGUUCUGGAAUUAUCUUGAAUCUCAAGAAUCUGGAUAUCUCUACUUCUGCUUCAGGUGGCUUCUCAUCCGGUUCAAAAGGGAGUUCAGCUUUCAAGAUACUCUUAGACUUUGGGAGGUUAUGUGGACUGGAUUGCCUUGCCAGAAUUUUCAUCUCCUGAUAUGUUGUGCUAUACUAGACUCUGAAAAACAGAAGAUAAUGGAAAACCAUUACGGUUUUAAUGAAAUUCUAAAGCACAUCAAUGAACUUUCCUUGAAAUUGGAUGUAGAAGAAAUGCUUUGUAAAGCAGAGGCAAUUUACUGCCAAAUGAAGAAAUGUAAGGAUUUACCACAGGCUGUUGGUGAGAUUCUUGGCCUAAAGGAUAGCGCAAUUGUAACGCCUGAUUUGGAAAUCAGUGCAUCUGAGAAGGGGGUCUCCAAAAAUCCCUGGAGGGAAAAUCAUUCAGACACGGCAGUGGCUUCCUUUACACAGACAAACGAAGACUUAGCCGGACAUAGAGACACUCCUCAAAAUGGGCACAAGAUGACGAGUAUAGAAUGAAGCUGAAAGCUGCAUUUUGUAACCCCAGAAAAGAGAUGCCACAAUUUGUUUACUUUUUACAAAAGCCCUCCUAGAUGACUCAUCAGUAUUUGGAACGAUCAAUGGGUUUAGUUGUUGGUAAGGCAAGAGAGUGGGAUUAGGAUAGGAAAUGCAUCAUUUGCAAUUCCAAAUGUUUAAAAAAAUGAAUUGCAAAGAAACUAUACAUUUUUCUAAUUACUUAAAACCAUAAGGGCCUUCAUCUGGAAGUGCAUUUUUCAAAAUUCCUCAUGUCAAACAUUUACAUGGAUGUUGGAAAGUAAUGAAAUUUUGUUUUGUAUUCAUAUCAAACAAAUAUUUUGUUAAUUCAUGAAAGCUUGUCCAAUUAGUAUCUGAGUUUAUUUUAAAAAGUUUUUUUCUCCCAGAAAUGCCUCCUGAAAUCAAAGAAAUAAUGUUUUUUGUAGCUUUAAAAUUGAACAUAUACAAGAUUGAAUAAGAUUGUAUAAAUAGCUUGUCUACAGGUAUUAAGACCUAUCUAAAAUAGGGCAUCCUGUGUGAUAUCUCAUACUUGACCAUUUUUUGUGGGAGAUGCAAGACGUGGGGAACAAAAUAUGGUGGGUGGCGGAUUUUAGAUAACAUUAUGUUAUUGCUUAGUUCUUGGAAAAAGCCCUACCGGCUAUAAUUGUUCCAACAAAAGAACUAAUGUUUUGAGCUACCUUACAGAGUUUGGAUCAGCUAUACUGAUGGUUCUAACAAAGUUAUCACAACCAUUUUUAAAAUGACUUAUGAAUACUGCAAAUGAGACUUCAGCAAAUUAAUAUUAUAAUCUACAAUGUCCUAAAGGAAGAAAAUACAAGUUUUGCUGCUGUGAUGCAUUGUUGUAAGCAGUGUUAAAGAGUGUUCACCGUAUUAUUAUGUUAAAUAUGAGGCUGGGAGAUGAUUUGGUUUACCAUUGAGGUUGUUUUACAAGACCUGAAAUGAGUUGACAGCAGAAGUGUUCUUUUCAGGAUCCUGGUAAGGUUCCUUAUAUGCUAGAGAUUGUCAGAACUGCCAACAAAGGUAUUUAAUUUGUAAUUAAUACAAUGCUUAGUAAACUAAUAUCCCUUCUCAAAUUGCAAAUCAGAAAUUUAUAUAAUCUUUUAAUCAGCUGAAAAUAUUUGUUGAAAAGCUUAAUUUUUAAGCUGUCGCAUUUCCUGUCCAUACUUUAAUGUAUGGUUAAUAAUAAAGCAUGUUGAAUAAAUGUAUAACUUGAUUUACCUUAUGAUUUUUACUAUAAGAAGAAAUGUACAGUGGCACAAUUUCUAACAGUUGUAUAAAGCCUGACAUUUUGUAUUCUGAUUAUGUGUACAAAAGUAAAUGUAAUAUAUAACUCUGCUCUCUAAAAUAUGUACUUUGUGUUCACAAGGGAACUAUUUUUAGAACAUGUGGUUUGUGGAAAAGAAAAUCACGAUUUGCACUGCUUUCUUUUUAUUAUGGAAAACUCAAGAUCAUUUUACUUUACAAAGGCACAAAGUCCAUGUACAUUGAAGGAAGGCUUAGAAUUACACUGAAGUUUAUACACAUCCAAUAUAAUAGAAUUGCAACAAAGAAACUUUUAAAUAUAAAUACGCAUUUUUGAAUACCUUUAGCUAACGAUUUUAGUGUAGAGAGACCUUCAGUUUUCAGCUCAGCCUGAUUUUGUUCACUGAGUUCCUGGAGGAUGUUAAUAAAUCUUCACUGGGAUCAAGAAGGUCAGACUGAGCAAACUGUUAACCACAAUGCCAUUGACCGAAAAGACGUAACUUGGUGCUUCAGCUCUGAUAGCUCUAUCUUUUUUGAGCCAUUCAAGUUACCCGUUACUUCCUGGUGCCGUUUCCCUGUGGUGGAUUUCUAUAAAGGUUUUACAAUUUUUGCUAUUUUUUCCCUCAUUUUAUUUCAUGGCACUAUUCAUUGAAUACUUAUUUCAAGUUAAAACUGGAAUACUGGCAAACAUUUCUUUAAGUUUAAAAUAUUAAAAAACUACUUUUAAAAAUA